GGCGUGGCGGUGUAUGCUAAUUAGGGACGGGGUACGAGGGCGGUGCUGUCUGCUCCUCCUCCCCUGCCCAGGGCCCAGUGGCUCCCAGUUCAUCCCAGUUCCAUCCUCACUUCCCCCUUGUUCCCCUUUUGGCCCUCCCAGUUUGCCAUAAAUUUUUCCAGUCAUUCCUCCCGGUCCUUCCCGGUUCUUUCCAGUUCACUGAGUUCUCUUCCCAUCGAACCCAGUCCAUCCCAGUCCAUCCCAGUUCCUCCCAGUCUGACCAGUUUUUGCCCUGGCAGGUGCUGGCGCCAUGGAGUACGAGCGCAGGGGUGGCCGUGGGGACCGCACGGGGCGCUACGGGGGCGCCCCGCCCCCCCCGGAGGACGGCUCCCGCGCCCAGCGUGACCACGACUAUCGCGACAUGGACUACCGGGGCUACGGGGGCCCCCCCGAGGGGCCCCCCGCCGCCGGGACCCCCCCUCAGGCGUCCUACGAGAGCACGGAGCCCCCCCGGAAGCGGGAGCCGGCCCGGGAGCCCCCCCGGGACCCCCCGGCGCUGCCGUUCGGCGCCGACGGCGAUUACCGGGACCAGGAUUACCGGGAGGGCGCCGAGGAGGAGCCGCGCGCCAGCACCAUCGUCAUGCUGCGCAUGCUGCCGCAGGCGGCCACCGAGAACGACAUCCGGGCACAGCUGCAGGCGCAGGGGGUGCAGCCCCGUGAGGUGCGGCUGAUGCGCAACAAGUCCUCAGGUCAGAGCCGCGGAUUCGCCUUCGUGGAAUUCCAUCACGUGCAGGAGGCGGCCCGCUGGAUGGAGGCCAACCAGGCCGGGCUGACCCUGCUGGGGCACCGCGUGUCCCUGCACUACAGCGACCCCAAACCCAAAAUCAACGAGGACUGGCUCUGUGCCAAGUGCGGGGUGCAGAACUUCAAGCGCCGUGAGAAAUGUUUCAAGUGUGGCGUCCCCAAAGCCGAGGCCGAGCAGAGGGGUCCGGGGGGUCCCCGUCCGGAGCUGGUGCCCGGUGGGGGAGGGGGGCUCCUGCCCCUCCCCCAACCCUACGGCCCCACCCUCGGGGGUCCCCCCGGGGGGUCCCAGGGGGGCACCGAGCCCGGAGCUGACAACGCCAACGACACCAUCAUCCUGCGGAACCUGCACCCCCAGAGCAGCCUGGAGUCCAUCCUGGCCGCGCUCGCUCCCUUCGCGGCGCUCUCGGCCGCCAACGUGCGCGUGAUCAAAGAUCGGCAAACGCAGCUGAACCGCGGCUUCGCCUUCGUGCAGCUCAGCACCAUCGUGGAGGCUGCACAGCUGCUGCAGAUGCUGCAGGCGCUGCACCCGCCCCUGCACAUCGACGGCAAGAGCAUCAACGUGGAGUUCGCCAAGGGCUCCAAGAGGGGGCGGGGCCUGGGGAGGGGCCCCCCCCGCGCCAGCGCCGCCUCCGUCGCCUCCACGGCCAUCGCUGCGGCCCAGUGGGCACUGUCACAGGCGGCCCCCGGCGGUGACACCCCCUGGGCAGGGGGGGAGGAGCCCAGCGCUGACUUCAGCGGCUUCUACCAAUCAGAGGAGCCCUUCGCCGGGCCUGGCCCCGCCCUCUACAGCCCCGCCUACCUGAAAGGGGCCUCGGCCCCGCCCCCCGGCCCCGCCCUGCCCGGCCCCGCCCCCGCCAAGGCCGACGGUCCCGCCCCCGGCCCGGAGGAGCCGGCCCAGGACCCCGCGGGGGGAGGGGGAGGGGCAGGAGGGGGGGGGGCCCUUCCCCCCCCGCGCCCCCCCCGGCGCCGCCCCCUACCCCUCCCCCACCGCCGAGACCCCCGGGCGACGCCCUCGGGACCCCCCGGCCAGACCUACUCAGGGCCCCUCAAGGCCGAGACCCCAAAUUCGGCCCCCCCGGGGCCCCCCCCGGCCGCCCCCCCCAGCAGCGACGGCUACGGGCAGUACCCCGUGCCUGACGUCUCCACCUACCAGUACGACGAGACCUCGGGGUACUACUACGACCCCCUCACGGGGCUCUACUACGACCCCCACUCCCAGUACUACUACGACGCGGGGGCGGGGCAGUACCUGUACUGGGACGGGGACAGACGCACCUACGUGGCCGCCCCCCCCGCCGAGCCCCCCCCGGGACCCCCGGGCACCCCCGGCACCCCGAAGGAGCCCAAGGACAAAAAGGAGAAGCACAAAACCAAGACGGCCCAGCAGAUUGCCAAGGACAUGGAGCGCUGGGCGCGCAGCCUGAACAAGCAGCGCGAGAGGGGCCGCAGCGCGGGGCCCCCCCCGGCCCCCCGCGAGGACGAGCGCCGGGAGGCGGCGGCGGCCGACGCCGGCUACGCCAUCCUGGAGAAAAAGGGCGCUCUGACCGAGCGGCAGCACCUCCCCCUGGAGCUGCCCCGGCUGGGGGGCGACGAGAGGCUGGUGAGACCCCCCCCCAAAACACACCUGAGACCCCCCCCAAACCCCUCCUGA